AUGCGUGACCUCCCCGUCAUAGGCGAACCCAUAGGUAUUUGUGAUUGCUCAGACAAGAAGUUUAAGAUCACCACAUUAGACAAAAUGAGUAACUUUCGCCCCACCUUUUACACGCCUGCACAAAGUAUGUAUCACUAACAAUAUAAUCCAAGAAAACCGAGACGAAUACCAGCUACUAAAAUUACCCGACCGCACCCGGAAAAUCAGAAUCUAUCGCAAAGGUACUACCUAUUCGUUCAAGGGUAAUAUUAUGGAGUAUUUCGCUACGUUCGAUGCGAGGCAGGCGAUUGUAUUUUACGGAUAUGUGUUGAUGCCUAAAUGGAUACCGGCAAAGGAGACUCGGUGUGUUGUACAAUAA